UAAACAUCAAACCGAGACUCUCCCUCCCUAAGCCAAUUCCCCCAAUACCAACUACACACCCAAUUCCCACCCUCACCUCCAAGCGGCGCCCUCACCGCGCAAACCCCCACAUCAAAGCCAGGAAGCAGAAGUCUUAGCAUGAGCCGUCAUGCGAUGGCCGCCAUGGACUUCCAACGCGCAAGCCACCAACAAUGACCACCCCACCACCACAGACAACAAUAACGACCCCAAGAACCUCCUCGACUGGAGCGCCUACACCGAACUCCGCACCCUCAUCCCAACACUAGUCCUCACAACCGGCAUCCUCGGCGCUGUCACCCUGCACCGGAACUACCUCCGUCGAUUCCCCACAGCCGUCAACAUCACGCCCGCAUAUUACCGUCGGCGGAGUCUCCUAGGGAAAGUAACCAGCGUGGGCGAUGGCGACAACUUCCGCAUCUAUCAUACACCCGGUGGUAGACUCGCAGGUUGGGGUUGGGUACCCUGGAAGAAGGUUCCCACGACGCGGAAGGAAUUGAGGGAUCAGACUAUCCACGUCCGCCUAGCCGGCGUCGACGCCCCCGAACAAGCGCAUUUCGGACGCCCCGCGCAACCCUUCGGUAAAGAAGCCCACGAGUGGUUAACGGGGUAUUUAACUGGCCGGCGUGUGCGGAUCUACGUGCACCGACAGGACCAGUAUCAGCGGGUAGUGGCAACGGUGUUUGUACGACGGGCGCUGGAUUUCCCGAUUCCGUUUCGGAGGCGCGAUGUCGGGUAUGAGAUGUUGAGGAAGGGGUUGGCGACGGUGUAUGAGGCGAAGGUUGGGGCGGAGUUUGGGGGUGAGGUAAUGGAGAAGAAGUAUCGGAGUGCGGAAUGGUGGGCGAAGGCGAGGGGGUUGGGGCUGUGGAAGGGGUUUAAGAAGGAUAGGGAUGCGUGGGAGAGUCCGAGGGAGUUUAAGACUAGGACGGGGAUGGAGGAUGGUGGGGAGGGGAAGAAGUAGGCCCGGUGGGGUUUUUACUUGCUCUUUGUUGAUGCUGGUGCUUUCGAUUCGCAAUGGGGGCGUUUGUGAUAUGGAAUGUGGUUGCAUGAUGCUUAAGUUUUGAUGAUGAUACGGCUGAUACUGAUAGAUAUCCAUGUCGUUAUGUGUCUCUCUGCAUUGCGCAGCUGAUCUUUUGGUUGUAUAUUUGGGAUAAUAUAGAUGAAUAUCUGGUCAUCCAU